CUCUCGCGAGAGGUGCAGUCAGGUUCCCGUUUUGGAAAGACAAUCUCGCGAGAUUUUGACUGUAAGAUGGCUCUAGGGUUGUCUUGCUGAGUGGAAGCACGGAGGUAUGUACAGGGUGGUCGCUCCAGUCCCAGGUGUCAGCCCUCUGCACGCCUGCUAUUGGAUCCACCGGGGCUUAAACGAAGCCGUAUGUUCUGGCUGAGCCGGCCGCUCCGGUUUGUGCCCGAGGGGACCUCUGCGCUCUUCUGAAUCCUUUGCUCGUCUUUCAAGCCCAGUCCGCAAUAAGCUACCCGGCAGGGCUCCGCUGGCGAUGACAGGAGAGAAGAUCCGUUCUCUCCACAGGGACCAGAAGCCCAGCAAGGAUGAGGAUCUACUGGAACCCGACGAAGAGGCUACGGCCGGAGGGACCUUCACCCGGACGGGCAAAUUGAAAAACAGCAAGAUGUUCAGUAAUCACAAAGUGAUCCGGUCCCCUUCCAACCCAGCCCUGCUCCAGAACCACCACCAGCAAAUCAGCCCCAUCACUCCCGGGGAAAGUAAGACGGACGCGUACUUCCCGGUGCAUGAAUGCGUCUUUAAGGGGGACAUCCGCAGGCUCUCAUCCCUCAUCAGAAGCCACAGCAUCGGCCAGAAGGACAACCACGGUAAUACACCGUUACACCUUGCUGUGAUGUUGGGCAACAAAGAAUGUGCCCACCUUCUUCUCGCUCACAAUGCUCCAGUAAAAGUCAAAAAUGCUCAGGGUUGGAGCCCUCUGGCAGAGGCCAUCAGCUACGGAGACAGACAGAUGAUUACAGCAUUACUACGAAAGCUAAAGCAGCAGUCCAGAGAAAGUGUUGAAGAGAAGAGACCCCGUCUUCUAAAGGCCCUAAAGGAGUUAGGAGACUUUUACUUAGAACUUCACUGGGAUUUUCAAAGUUGGGUGCCUUUACUUUCCCGAAUCCUGCCUUCUGAUGCAUGCAAGAUCUAUAAACAAGGUAUAAAUAUCAGGCUUGACACUACUCUUAUAGACUUCACAGACAUGAAGUGCCAACGAGGGGAUCUAAGCUUCAUUUUUAAUGGAGAUGCUGCACCCUCAGAAUCAUUUGUAGUUUUAGACAAUGAACAAAAAGUUUACCAGCGAAUACACCAUGAGGAAUCAGAAAUGGAAACUGAAGAGGAAGUGGACAUUUUAAUGAGCAGUGAUAUUUAUUCAGCCACCUUGUCUACAAAAUCCAUUAGUUUUACACGUGCGCAGACUGGAUGGCUUUUCAGAGAGGAUAAAACGGAGCGAGUAGGAAAUUUCCUAGCAGAUUUUCAUUUAGUUAAUGGGCUGAUAUUGGAAUCCCGGAAAAGAAGAGAACAUCUCACUGAAGAGGACAUUCUCAGAAAUAAAGCCAUUAUGGAAAGUUUGAGUAAAGGAGGAAAUUUGAUGGAACAAAAUUUUGAGCCGGUGCGGAGACAGUCACUGACGCCACCGCCACCCAACACAAUCACCUGGGAAGAGUACAUUUCUGCAGAAAAUGGAAAAGCUCCCCAUCUUGGCAGAGAACUUGUCUGCAAAGAGAAUAAGAAAACCUUUAAAGCAACUAUUGCUAUGAGUCAGGAUUUUCCUCUGGGAAUUGAAUCACUCUUGAAUGUUUUAGAAGUCAUUGCACCUUUCAAGCACUUUAAUAAACUUCGAGAAUUUGUGCAGAUGAAGCUUCCUCCUGGGUUUCCUGUAAAGCUUGAUAUCCCUGUUUUUCCAACAAUCACAGCCACUGUAACAUUUCAAGAGUUUCGCUAUGGAGAAUUUGAAGACGCCAUUUUUACGAUACCCGACGACUACAAGGAGGACCCAAGUCGUUUCCCCGAUUUAUAACUGCUUCGAACUGUUAAAUGCAAUGAUCGAAAAUGAAUGUUCAAUUAGUGUAAAGGAUCAUUUGGCGUACUGGUGUAAGGUCCUGCAUUUCACUCGGGAAAUGUGUAACGGUACAUCAGCCUCCCCCAAAGAUGAAAGGACUGACCCAGCUUGUUCCAGGAUGUCCUGUGCCCACAACUGCUGCAAAAUGGGCGUUUUGGCAAAUCAGUGGAACUGCUGCUGAGGAUUCAUGCCCUUCCCUUUGUAACCAUACCCACCCCCAUAUAGUGCAUUCCUCCUAGAAAACGCCAUGCAUCCAUGGACCACUGUUUAGUAGCGUAGGGCUUUGCAAGAAAUCAUUUACUCUGAUUCCACCUUUUAUUUUAGGGUGAAAUUUUAAAUCUUGUUAAGAAUGUUUUUUUUUUUUUUUAAAUUAUAAAUUAUACACUGUGUAACAUUUUGUAUAGAUCCUUGCUUGUUUGCUUAAAAUGUAUAAAAUAGAAAUAACCUUCUGUAGAUAAUGAACCAAAUACUGAAUUAAUAUAUGGUUGCCAACUCAACCUAUUGCAAUAGCUGUUAGAGAUUAAAUGAUCCAGGGACACUAUGAAUUCACAGAGCAGUGCAGAAUCAUGUAGUGCUCCUUUAACUUUUUUUUUUUUUUUUUUAAGGAAAUUUUUAUUUUAAGUAAAUGUUCUUCUUGUAUAUCUGUAUCUAUAAUAUUUCAGUUUAUUUGCUCUUUAAAAGCAAAAUCUCCCAUGCCUACUAUACGGUUUCAAUCUCUGGGAAACUUUUCUUAUUGGCAGGAGUGGGAAGUGCCUUUGCUCUGCUCCUGUGAGUAUAAAAUGAACAUAUGCCUGGGCACAUUGUCAGGUGGAAUGGGUGCAAAGCAGUUGCCACUGGGGAGCAACUUGCAGUAAUCCACUACAAGUACAGAUCAAUGAAUCUGAAAGUGUGCUUUGACCCUUAUUUCUUAAUUAGAUAUUAUUCACUGCAUCCCAUACAAAGAUUUGGAAGCAGUUUAUUUCUUAAAGAUAACAAACAGUGCAUUACCUCAGAGAUUCUGCAUUUUGAUGUUUAAAUGUGCCCUUUGUUUAUUAGCAUGCAUAUGAGGAGUCACUCGCUAUGGAAUGCAGUAAGCUCUUACCCCAUUUAUUGCUAUUACCAUUAGAUCAGGUGGGGACAGCUCCCCUGCUGCAUUACAGAGUACAUGCGACUCAAUUCACAUGAAUUAGCUGUGGACUGUGGGACGUAUGCCUUGCGUCGGGGGAAGCACGCAGCAUCACUUGUUAAACUAGAGGAGGUGCAGCAAUGUUUAGGGAUUCCCUUUAUUAAUAAUACAUAGAUACCUGCUGUUGCAAAUAAGGGCAUUUUCAUUGUCAACAUACAUACGGUGGAAAUGCUGCAGCCCACUUCACAUUGCAAUAGGCUAAUAAAUAAAACAAAUAGCUCUUAGUAGGCAAGAUGCAUGACUGAAGGCAGCGAUUGCGCCAUAUGUAUUAAAAAUUUAACUCCCUCAUUAUAGAAUGAAGACCUUGGUUCAUAAUUACUCCGUUUCCUCAUUCUCCAUCUGAACAGACGUCUGAUAUUCUGUAACCUCUCCUCAUUCUGUUUCUGCGUUUAAGUGUCUCUCCUGCCGGAUCUUCUGUGUUCAAGACUUAUUAACAUUUUGCAAGUGCACUGGGAUUUUGUACAUAAGUGAUAUACCUGGAAAUGGCACUUUUUUUAAAGAAUAGACUACAUUUUUCCAUGAUAUGUUUACCAAACACACUGCUUACCAGCAAUCGGUACACGUUGUAUAGCUCAUCACUCAGUACUGUCGUAUUCCUGUUCUGUGCUGGCAGGACCUGCAUUUGUUUUCUGUAAGUUCUGAGAUCUUACAGGGCUAAAAAAAAAAUAUAAAAGGACACAUGUAAUAUAUGUAAUUUUAUUAAAAGAUAUAUUCAUUUGUUACACAUAAUGCACCAUGGCUACAUAUAAACUGAUAUUCAGGAUGGGGAAUUCAGUCUGGUCUUCCAAAACACUGAUAUUUUUUUUUUCUUAAAGGGAAUAUGGUUCCCCCUGCAUUUAAGAGCGUAUUGUUUCCGAUCACAAUUGUUGUAUAGGUAUUUUUACUGGACGUUGUAGACUCGAUCAUUUUGUAACUAGUAAACAGCCGUUAAGACAAUGUUUUUGCUGAAACCAUGCCCAGUACUAAUUUAAUGAAGGUCUCCUUGUUUUAAUCUUAUGCUUCGAAUGUUUUAUUUCUGCAGCUGUGUUCAAUCUGUGUGAUUAAACUUUGUUUCAGUAUUUUUGUAAAGAAA